AUGAAAAUCCCGCAUCUGUCUAUUCUUUUCCUCGGCGUCGUGGCUUUGAAAACAUACCUCGUCUACGGGAUUCGCGACGAUCUCGUCGAGAGGGACUUGCGCGAUGACGAGACGUUCGUCGUGUCCCGGGGCGAGCUGUAUGAUCUCGUUCGGGAGGUGUAUAGGCGGAGUCUCGAGUUGCGCGACCUUGAUCUCGAAGCGCGAGGUUAUUAUUAUGAUGAUGAUUUGUAUUCUCGGGAGGGACGUGGAGGAGACGGGUAUCCCCGCGAUGUACUUGGGGAGGAUGGUUUAUACCGGCGCGAUCCGUUCGAAGGUGGUACUUUUGAAGAUCUGAAAGCUAGAGGAAACCGCCAAACUGCCCGGAAGACCAUCCCAGCUGCGCGUAAAGCUCCAAAACUGGGGCAGAGCAUGCAAUCAACCCAACAAAGCCAACCCCAACAACCCCAACGACAGCAACCAGCGCACCGAUGCAUGAUGAUAGGCGACGAGUGCGACACGGGCGCGUGUGCUAAAGCGGUUUGGGCAAAGCAGGGGUGUGUGUGUUGGGAGUGGGAUGGGGGUGGAGGGGUGCAAGGGGUGUGGGUGUAG